GAAACGCGGGGAUACUGCCAAGCAUUAGGGACCUAUAUUGCUGUGGCGUUACUGAUUAACCCACCACCCUCCUCCCGGCUGUCUUGAUGCAGAAGUGCCUUCAAACCGACAUCUGAUUAAUUGCUUGGAUUAUUACAAUACAGUCAUAAAAAGCAGCUGGGGAACCUGCUGCGGCUACUGUGAAGCCAAACUCAGCUGGCACACAAUCCCUUUGCUACGGCCACUUGCUUUUGGCAGCAUGGAACGGGACGUGGUCUCCCCUGGAAUCGCUUGUGAGGAUAUGAACGAGUGUCAAGCCACUGAAGAAAAAGUGGCAGGGACGGACACACCCAGCGCCUCUGAAGACCAAGGUAAAAAUACGGGCAAUGUAGAAUGUGGGACUCCAGCUUCCAAAAAAGAGCACGCAGUGUCUUGUGUGAAACUGCAGCCCUUGCAUGCCUCAGACCAACUGGUUACAGGAAGGAAAUCUAUGACUUCCCAGAUGUCACCUUUGUCCAUACCUGUUUCUUUGGGUUGCUCUGAUAGUUUGGCUAAUCAAGCAGCCUUUCAACACCUUUCUGAUAGCUCAACCACAGACGUGGACUGCCUUAUAUGCUUUAACCGGUACAAUUGGAGCAGACUGCCUAAGGUACUCUCCUGCCAGCAUGUCUUCUGUGCAGUCUGCCUGAAGCUGAUGUUGCGGAAUGAAGACGACAUCUGGAGAAUUGCCUGUCCCGUCUGCCGCAAAGUCACCACUGUCUUUGGAGGGCUUAUCUGCAGCCUUCCCAAUAAGGUGGGCAUUGUGCAGCUGGCUGAUCCUGGCCCAAAUCCGGAGAUACCCUUCUCUCAGGAUGCUCUGAGUGGGACCCUGGUGAUUCGUAGCACCUUCUCUAUCAGCCAAGGUGAAGAAGGCGACAGGGUGGCCGCCAAGAGGCUGCUGUUUCUUCUGUUGCUCUUGGUGAUCCUCAUUGUCUUCAUUCUCCCCUUUGUGUACGGCGACCUGAUGAAGUGGGUUCUUUGCUUGGCUGUUGCUUUAGGCUUGAUCGGGGCGGGGGUGCUUUGUUGCAAUCCUAACUGGCGAUGCAGCUGCUCCAACACCUCACCCCCCCUUCUGGCAACGAGCACAAGCGACAUAGUGUCUGCUGCCUAA